AUGUGUUCAGAGAUACAAAGAUACUUGAUUGGUGAGGAGGAAGUCCGCCUCGCAGAAAGACUGAUCAUGGUGUCGUCGGAGAUGGCCAGCGAAGUUUCGUACCCAGCAGAGUACGAAGAAGUGAUUGUCAAAGUAAAUUGUAGCGUUCAGGCAUUAACGGUUUCAUUUGUGCAUCAGCAGGAUUCCAGCGACAAGCAUAUUCAGAUUCAGCAAAUGGAUGUCAUAUAUGCCUCAGCUCAGAUCACCUUGAUUGCAGCAGCUGGCGAAGACUGCGCGUACGGUUUACCCGGCAUAGGACGGGAACGAAAGUUACAUGAAUUAGUCGUCGCCAUCGACUCCGUUACCGUAACAUCGGAACCAAAUCCCGUGGGUUGCCGUAUUUCUAAAUCAAAGUGGUCGACUCGUGCAUGGUGA